AUGACACGGAUCAAAUCCAACCCCCCAAACAAAAAGACCCACCAAAGCAAAACCCUCGCCGGCGUGGCGUUCAUGGAGGACGACGCCGUCGCCGUGCUGGCCACCACCUUGGAUUCCGCGCUCAUGGACGGCACCGCGCGCAUGCUGGCGCAGCGCGUCUACUCCUCCCUCCCCGCGCCGCCCGUCUCCACCUCCGCCCCCCUCUCCAAACACGCCGCCGCGGCCGCAUCGUCACCUCCCGCCGACGGCGCCGACCGCUUCAGCGGCCUCCCCGACGACAUCCUCCGCGGCGUCGUCUCCCGCCUCCCCGCCAGGGACGCCGCGCGCACCACCGCGCUCUCCAAGCACUGGACCGGCGUCUGGCGCUCGGUGCCGCUCGUCCUCGUCGACGCCCACCUCCUCCCCGCCGCCGCCGGCCUCCCGGACACCGUGUCCCGCGCCCUCGCCGCGCACCCGGGCCCCUUCCGCUGCGUCCACCUCACGGGCACCCCCAUGGCCGCGCGCCGGAACGAGGUUACGCGCUGGCUCCAGCUCCUCGCCGCCAAGGGCGCCCGGGAGCUCGUCUUCGUGAACCGCCCAACCCCGAUCCGGGCGCACCUGCAGCUCCCCGGCGCCCUCUUCGCGUGCACCUCCCUCACCCGCCUCUACCUCGGCUUCUGGACCUUCCCGGGCACCGGCACCGUCCCGCCCGCCGCCGUGUCGUUCCCCCGCCUCCGGGAGCUCGGCCUCGGCUCCGUGGCCAUCGAAGAAUGGGAUCUCGCCUUCCUGCUGGAGAAUAAGUGCCCCGUCCUGGAGAAGCUCGUCGUCGUCGGAAGCCGCUGGCGGCCUGUGCCCAUCCGCAUCAGGAGCUGCAGCCUGCGGUGCGUCCAGGUGUGCUCGUCCACCGUGCCGGAGAUCGACGUGGGGCACGCUCCGGUCCUGGAGAGGCUCUUGCUUUGUGGAGUUUCGGGCAGAAUCUGCGGUCUGUUCACCAUGGCAUCGAGGAUUAAGAUCGGUUACGCACCGAACCUGCGCUUCUUGGGGUUCUUGGUGCCUGGAAUGCACGAACCGGAGAUUACUGGCAAUACUAAUACGGUCCUCCCGAGCGUCCAGAUGGUGGGGGUUCAGGUGAAACUUGGAACCCGCAUCAAGGCCACGACGGUGCCUCGUUUCCUCAGAUGCUUUCCCAACACGGAGACGCUCUAUAUCCAGUCUGAGGAUGAUGACUUUCAGUUCUGGGAUCCUCUAUCAUCUAUCAGUGGCAACGGCCAACGGCACAUCAAGAAGCUGAUUCUCCGCGGAUUCCGCGGGAGGAGAAGCGAGCUUGGUUUCCUCAAGUUCAUCGCCGAGCGCGCGCAGGUUCUUGAGAAGAUGGUGGUCGAGAUGGCCCAUGGAGUGUCCCCGUCGUCGGAUCAGGUGAUUGGCCCUAGUGUCCGCGUCCUCCUGACGCCGCAGCGCCUCAUGAUCACACGCUUCCCGCUCUUGCUUCUCCCGCACCUGAUGGUCCCGCUCAUGCCUUCUGGUGAAGCUUGUGCGGUAGUGGCCGUCCCUGAGCUUGCACGGGCAGCACCCCCACCAGAUCAUCAGGGCGUCGGCGACCUGGCGCCAGCCGUCCCCUCCUCCUCCUCUUGGGGCAUGCCCUGCUCCACCUCCCCGCAGCAUUUUCCCUUUGCGCGGCAGCUCUUCCCCUCGCCCCAUAGCCUCGUGCGCUACCGUGCGCUAUUGCUUCCACCGCCGGUGCCGCUGGAUGGUGCGCGGCGGAGUGCCAUGCACGGCAGACAACCCGACAGCGGGUGA